UUAAAAACAAACACGUCACCAGGUCGUGUUGUCCAGGUUAUGUUUGGAGUAAUACACCAACUGAUAGGUAAUCAUUGUGCAAGGGAAAUCUGUUCAUCAUGACUGACCAGAAUUUAACUGUCCUUCUCUACAAAAAAGGUGAAAUACAGAUGGUAGAUAAACCUAUCCCAGAACCAGGUCCCGGGGAGGUCCAGUUAUGUAUGCAGCAGGUCGGAAUCUGUGGGUCAGAUGUCCACUUCUGGCAAGACGGCUUUAUCGGUGACUUUGUGGUGAAGAAACCUAUGAUACUUGGACACGAAGGAAGUGGAAUGGUCAGCAAGCUCGGAGAUGGAGUCACAACACUGAAAGUCGGUGACAGGGUUGCCAUAGAACCCGGUGUACCGUGUCGGAUGUGUAAGUACUGUAAAACCGGCCGUUACAAUCUCUGCAACGACUGCGUGUUUUGUGCCACGCCCCCUCACGAUGGUAACCUGAGCCGAUAUUUCGUCCAUGCCGCCGAUUUCUGUUUCAAAUUACCCGAUCACGUGAGUUGUGAAGAGGGAGCCAUGUUGGAACCCCUAUCAGUCAGUGUUCACGCCUGUAACAGGGGCGGGGUCAAACUUGGGAGCAAGGUGCUCAUUUUAGGGUCAGGUCCAAUUGGAUUGGUUACCCUCCUGACGUCCAAGGCUAUGGGUGCGUCAGUCGUGUGCAUAACAGAUAUUGAUGACUCUCGGUUGGAGAUCGCUAAAACGUUAGGUGCUACACACACCGUUAAGGUGACGAGUCGUGACCCCGAGGUAGUUGCUAAGCAGGUGGAGGAUAUAAUGGGAGACAAGGCUGAGAUCACCAUUGAGUGCAGCGGGGCCACACCCUGUGUACAGACAGCUAUAUACGUGACUGAGCCCGGAGGCUGCGUGGUAUUGGUAGGAUGUUGUCAAAAGGUCAUCGACUUGCCAAUAACGGCUGCUUCCCUUCGGGAGGUGGACAUCCGAGGAAACCUUCGAUACUGCAAUUGCUAUCCAACAGCUUUGGAAAUGGUAGCCUCCGGAAAGGUUGACGUCAAGCCUCUCAUAACACACAGAUUUUCAUUGGAGGAUUCAAUCAAGGCCUUCGUGACGACCUUGAAAGGUGAAGGAAUCAAGGUCAUGAUUGAUUGCACGCGUUAAAUUGAAUACAAAGUGUUUUCCAUCAGGCCGUUUUCAAGAACAUAUUUUUCGUAGUGUUAUUCAAACCGAUUUUCGGUAGCAUUGAAAUUCGCGAUAUUAUGUAUUUGCUACGCCAUCCCAAAAUAUGCACCCUCGAACGUAUUAACAUGCUAUGAAAUAUUCUUUGAGGAAGCAUUUUUACAUGUGACACAAAAAAAUCCAUUCCGCGAUUUCCCGCUCUUACGCGUCACCUAACUGUAGAAAAACUAUAUUCUACUCUCAUCGGGAAAAUAUUCAUCUCGCAAACUAUGAUAUAGUUGAAUUUCCUGUUUUCUUUGCCAUAUUAAAGAAACAAAUGUCGAG